UCCCAUGCAAUUGUCUAUACAAAUCAAACCCAGAAGUUCCAUAAAAUAGCAAAUGCAUCCAAAAUAUUGAUACAUGUCAGGAAAGGUUACUGCUAAAGCCUUUAUAAUCAUGUUCCAUUAGUGAAGAGCAUGAUAGGAAAAAAUGGAGAGCAAGAAGAGAAAGACAUGGUCUGAAAUUAGCAAGAGAAAGACGGAAACUGAGAUGAAUUCUCACACUCUCUUCCCUAUCUUAGUGGCAGCUCUAUCCAAUAACUCCAAAUCCCUAAUUAAAAAAUGCUUAAACAAACUUCUUCGUCUCUCCCAACCAACUCUUCUUAUUCCCAUUCUCUCUUUGCUGCCGAUUCUCCUCAAAUCCAAAUAUGGUACGAUUGUGCGUCUUACGGCAGAGGUUGUAGGGAAGGCUUCACUUUUGUCUCUGGAAAGUAAUGAGCGAAUUGCUUUGGACAAUGAGAUUGUCAAGGCUUUAAUUUGUUUGUUAGGGAAUUCUAACAGGAGAGUUUGGAUUGCUGCGUGUAAUGCUGUUUUGGAUUUAUCCACAGCUUCACUUGCAAGACAACGAUUAUUGAAAUUCUCUGCUCUCUAUCGCCUUCUAUUUGAAUUUCUUCAGGUUCAUAAAUCAUCAACUAUGGUUUCUUUAUACACUGGAGAAAAUGGCAGUAUCACCUCUCUCAGGAUCGGGUUUAAAGAAGAUGCUAUUCCAGCAGUACAUUUUGAUGCCACUAUAAAUCUUGUUAAUGCAUGCAACAUUGAACAAUUGGACAAGAUCCCAAGGAGACUAUCUGAAUGCUUUUUUGUCUUCUUAAAAGAGCUGUGGUUAAAAGUUCGCUAUCAAAUGUUAUGUUCCAAUAUUAUUAGAUCCACUAAAGAGAGGCAGUUUUGUGUAAGCAAUAUUACCAUUAAUAAUCUGGCAGAAAGCACUUUCAGGCUUGCCCUAAAUGCUAAAAGUCUCACAAAACUUUCAGGGCAUCAGAUGGUCAAAAAAUGCAUUUUUGGUUCCAGCGAGGCUACUUUUGAAAAUUUCAUGCUAAAUUACUGGGAGAUCUCACCCUUGCUUAUAAAAAGGAUCCCAAAUACUUUGAUUGAGGAAAAUGACCUUUUCAGCUCAUUUUCACAAUCUAUGAAUUUCAAUGAAUCAUUUCAUUCCUUUCUGUCUUCUACCAUUCAAUCUCUGAUUUCUUGUCUGCCUAUUCCUUCAGAUGAACUAGACAUCCUUAGUUUCUUGAAGGAGGGGAGAAAUAGAUUGGGUUGCCCUCUCAUCUAUGACCAGGACAUACGAGUUUUAAGAACAGAGAAGCACUCAAGAAGUGAGGUGCAUUACUUUCCUGGAUGUUUAGAUAUUUGCAGCAUCAAGACUCCUUAUUUUAUUUAUGGUGAUGAUUUUUCAAAAUGUGAAGAAGCAUGUAAAGAGGGUUAUACAAUUGCUAUGCGAGGCAUGGAGUUCCGCUUUGAGAGUGUCGCUGCAAUUUCAGAUGGUUUUGCUUCAUUGUUUGGUCAACCAUCAGUAGGUGCCAAUAUGUACAUGACACCUCCUAAUUCUCAGGGUUUGGCACGUCACUAUGAUGAUCACUGUGUUUUUGUGGUUCAAAUUUUUGGAUCUAAACAAUGGAAGGUUUUUUCUCAGCCCUGUGUGCAGUUACCUCGUUUGUAUUAUCCCCGUGCUAUUGUAAAUGUUGAGGUUGAGAGUUCAAAAAAUGAAUACAGGCAAUUUUCGCUGAUGGAAGGGGACAUCUUAUACAUUCCAAGAGGUUUUCUUCAUGAGGCAUGUACAGAUAAUGGUGAACUCUCUGAGUCUGCUGGGUAUUCCUUGCACCUGACCCUUGGUGUUGAGGUUGAACCUCCAUUUGAGUGGGAGGGAUUUGCGCAUGUUGCACUUUGUUGUUGGAGCGAAGUCCAAAAACAUCAUGAUUCCCUUGAAUCUUCAUCUGAAAUUCUGAAACUCAUGUCUGUGAAUCUGUUGCAUCUUGUCAUUUUACAAAUUGGAGAUUCUGAUCCUACCUUUCGAAAGGCAUGCUUGGUUGCAGCUGUUUCUCCACCAUUGGAAACUGAUGACUGGCUUUAUCUGAACCAGAAAACUAUCUUCACCCACUUGAUUGAUAAAAUUCGCACCGAAUCAAGGUUCUUGGAAGUACUUAGUAGUGUUGCCAUGGAUAUACAAGAAAAUGUAGAUCCCUUUCGACGGAUUAGGUGGCUUCAGUUUCUUGACUGGAAAAAAGAAUCAUUUGGCGGACUUGAUGGGAAUUUACCUUUUACGAUAGUUGAAACCAUGCUCCCUUCAUAUGUUCAGAACAAGUGUGUGGCAGAAGUAGCAUUCAUGCAGGUUAAAUCUAAAUUUUGUAGUGAGAUUUCAUAUGAGGAUGUUAUCAAGAACUAUUUGGUGCUACUUGAUAAGUACAGGAACACCAGGAAACAAUACAUGAACGGAAUGCUAGCACUGCAUUGUAAUUGACUGUACUCAUAACCUCUUACCUUUAAACUAAUAUAAAAGAGAAGAAAGCAUA